AUGUAUGCCAUAUUCGUACCUACGGUUGUCGGCUAUAGCUUUGCGAAAACAGAUGGUAAAUGGGACAUGCGGGCGAAGCUCCGGGGCGACACAAUCAGCGAGUUCUGA